UUUACAUUUUGGGGAAAAUGGCGGAAUUUUCUGAAAGCUCACAUGCAAAUGGUUAUUGUCAAGCAAACAGAAGUAACAUUAUACGACAGUCUUCAAGAUCAUCCACAGAAACUAUUCCACCAAGUUGCAGCUCACCGAGUUCGACUGAAAAUGACGUGCCAUCAAGCACUUGUGAAUGGAGGAGAAGUUUAAUUGAAAAACUUGGAAUAUGUUUCGAACGUAAAUCGCCAACUGAUAUUGUCACCGAGCACAUGUCUACUGUGGCAUAUAACCUCAUGCGCGAUGAAAUAAAAAACCUUGAAGAAAUAACAGAUAUUUUGGGAAGUCUUAAUAAUCUUAAUCAUGAGAAACUGCUUGAAAUCAAUUUCAAAGGUUUCAAUUUCGUCAGGCCAGUACAGGAAAAGUUGCGAUACAGCGUUAGAUUUAAAGAAAUUGACAUAUCAAAGUACUCAACAUAUUUUAACAAAUUUGGAGUAAGCCUUUGGUAUAUUCUGAAAGGAAAACAACCCAUUAUUUCUGAGGAAAAGUAUCAGUGUCUAUUUGAGCAAUUUCUGGAGAUGUUUGGAAUUGAUGUCAUGGCAGAGCCUGAAGUAGAUACAGAAUCAACAGAGAUUUUUCAAAGAAAAGUUUCAGCAAAAGCAGAUAUUGUGUGCUUUAGUCCCAGAGAUGUGAAGAAAUAUACUUUGGCGAUUUGUGAGGUGAAAAAAAAAUGCCCUUUCACAGAUGAAGAGACAGGACAAUCACCACAGAAAUUCAGAAGAACAGAAGAUUCUCCUCAAAGGUCCCAGAGCUGCCAUUUACCUGAUGGGUUACUUGCACAACAUGUUGGUGACCUUUUGACCUACCUGGACAAAUCAAUAUGUAAAGGGGCAAUAUUAGGAAUGACUGUGGAAAAAACAAUGGUUACGUUCACAAGGUUAUCUGUGACAGAUGAAACGAUGGAAAAACUUCAAAGAUCACAUGGGUCAGUGAAAUUAAAAGAAGAAGAAAGACCUGUUCUUUACUACAGUAAACCUUAUAAUUAUUUGCAGCUGGAGGAUAGAAAAGAAAUAGUAAAAGCACUUCUGACUCUCAUUGUGAUGGAAAAAAGGCGAGCCAAAAAGUCUUGA